ACUUUUACUUGAGUAAAAAUAAGUUGAAGCAGUGCUACUCUUGCUUGAGUACAAUUUUUGCAAAAACACAUGAUACUUAAAUACUGUAGAUUAUCUUCAUCACACUUAUAAAAUAAAUCUGGACAAACAUCAAGGAUUUUACCAAACAAUUUCUGAGAAUCAUAUGUAUCAUGUAGCAAUUUYCUUAAAUUUGAUUAGAGUACGGUGAUUGGAUUUUUAAAAAAGACCCGUUUUUGAUUGACUGGUAGUGUGCUUCUUUUUACAUACAAUAUUACUCCRCCAAUCACAAACAGGAGGAUCUGCUUAGUUAGCGAUAGUGUAAAACUGAGAGUACAGCCCCUCCUAGAAAAACUUUUAAAUAUAUUUUUUCAACUGAGAAAAUUAUAACUGACCUGUAAACCACAAGCAAAAUGUUCCUCUUGACAUUGAAGCGAAAUGUGCCAGGAGUACAAAUAAAAUGUAUGUUUUCGAUCCGUGUUGAGUUAAAAACGUCUGAAAAUACAGGGUGCUAAAGUUAUCGCCCCCUGGUGGUGGCAAAAGCCUACUGUACCCGGCAUUCCCAGGCGGACUCGCAUUCAAGUCCUAACCGCGUGUACAACUCACGUGUAAACAACAGUAAAAUGUUUCUCUUCACUUUGGUGCUUGGAGUGCUGUUUCUACCGGAAGCUGACAACCUGAGAUGUGAAUGUACAUCAAACCUGCCUGGAAGUUGCACUCAGAAAAUAAUUGAAUGUUCUUCACGGAACUAUCGUUGUUCAGCAGCAACAGAAGUCAAAUUUCUAGGUGGCGCAAAGUUUUCUGAGCUCAACUACAAAAGUUGCAUUUUACCUGAAUUAUGUCUUGACUUUUYYGUCAACUAUGGAGCUUACAGAGUGGUACAAAAGAGCAGUUGCUGCAAUGGARACCUCUGCAAUGCGAAGAUUGACUACCCAAAACCUGAUGACAAGCUCACYUCAAGUGGCAGAAAGUGCUUCAGCUGUGUAGGAGAAAACUGCAUGAAAACUCUUGACUGUGUAGGGGAUGAAAACUACUGCAUCAAAGUAACAGGAAAUAUAGAUGGAGCAAGUCUGACGAUGAAGGGAUGUGCCUCUGAGUUGACAUGCUCAGAUAGGACAGCUUCACUGGUGACUCAGUUCACUGGAGCAAAKUUUAGCUGCUGCCAGGGCGACUACUGCAACAGUGCCAGCAGUGCCAGUCCYGCCCUGCUCGUGUUGGUGCCUCUGCUGCUUUCUAACUUAUUUUCUUAGCUCAUAGAAAAUACUGYCAUGUUUUCUUUUUAAUCACAAUUCAUUUGAUAAAUCUGUUCUUUUUAUUUGAUUCUAUAAAAAUGUUGUUA